AUGGAGGGCAUCGACAACUGCACGGGGAUUCCCUUCCAAUUGGAGAAUCUGCGAUCAGGCGAACGAUAUAUCAAAGUGGAUAAGAUUCUUUUCCCAUGCCCACCGACAGUAAAUGUCCCUACGCUUCCCCCGAAUAAAGAAGUCAUCACGGCUCUUGGCAAACAAAUGGCUAGGGUCGUACUUGAACAUGACUUUUCUUAUGUCCCCGAGUCUGGAUAUGGCGUGCGAACCUCUGAAGCUGAAGCAAUGAAGCUUGUCUUUAAACAUACUUCGGUUCCCGUACCAGAGGUUCUUGCGACCUGCUUCGAUGAUGACGGAGGAAAUAUCCACAUGACCACCGUUCCAGGUACCUGUUUAGGGGGGAAAUGGAAUACGUUGGAUGUUGAGUCCAAGAAAGACCCAUUGCUCGAAGAUCUAAAUAGCCCGCCCCGACCAUUAACGAGUGACUCGGAGUUACGGGCGCGAAUUUACGAAAGAUACCUUAACUUUGGGGGGCUGCGUUAUGAGCAUAAGCUGCCAAGCAUGCUACCACGGUCCAAUCGAAGCGUCUUCACUCAUGGUGGUCUCGCAUCUCGCAAUAUCAUGGUGGACAAUCAAAACACCAUCACGGGGAUUCCUGACUGGGAGUAUGCCGGCUGGUACCCUGACUAUUGGGAAUACGCUCAAAUCAUGAAGCCUGCCUUUUACGGAGACUUCCAAGACUGGAUGGGUAGGACAGCGCCGCAGACAUGGGGCCUUACUGGGAUCAACGCUUCAAGAAAGGUUUUAUUUUAA